AUGAGCACCGAGUCAGUUCGUGAUGAGAAACUACAAGUGAUAAACGAUGCCAUCAAAGAAAACAAGUCAAAUUUAGCCGAACAACUCCUAACAGAGUCACCCAACCUCCUUUAUGCUAAGGAUGAAGAUGAACGAAGUCCAUUGCAUUGGGCCUGUUCGAUGAACAACAUUGCCCUUGUUGAAUAUAUACUCUCGCAUACGCCAUCGAAUAUUGAUCUCGAUGACGUUAGAGAUUCUAGUGGCUGGACACCAAUACAUAUUGCUUCUUCAAUAGGGAAUGUUGAGAUUUUGAAUUUAUUAAUGCAUCGUGAUCCAAUACCUGAUGUGAACCAAACUACUAAUCUGGGGACAACGGCAUUACAUUUGUCGAUUUCAAAAGACCAUUUGCCAUUUGUACGUGUGUUGAUUGAAGAGUUUGGUGCAAAUUGCAGAAAGAAGGAUAAAUUAGGGUAUACGCCGCUUCAUCGUGCUGCAGCUAUGGGGUCGAUGGGACUGUGCAGGGAGAUAAUCACCAAGGGCAAACUAGUCAAUGUUAAUGCCAAGGAUAAUGAAGGGUGGACUGCGUUGCAUCACGCAUUGGCCGAGGGGAAUGGAGAUGUGGCUGUUUUACUAGUCAAGGUGGGCAAAGCAGAUCCAUUGGUUGUUAAUAAUGAAGGGUUGAAGCCUAUUCAAGUAAGUGUUGAUGAGAAAGUUGCAAGGUUCUUCAAACAACUGAUUGAGCAGUAA